CCAUGUUUAAAAGUCAGCAACCAGUCGAGCGAAGCAGGAGGCAGAAAAAGAGAGUGUGAGGAAGAAUAGAAAAGAGGAGGGCAGCUGCCUGGGGAGGAGAGCAGGAGAAAGGAGGCAGAAGUGAAGGACAGAAACAGCGCUGGGUCAAAACAGCAAGACCGAGUAGACAGGCUACAAAAUGACCCUGCUCCUGUGGCUGUCAUCUUGGAACAACAUCUCUGUGCUGGGGAUUUUUCUUACCGUCUUUACCAUACUUGUUGAUUUCAUGAAGCGCAGAAAGAAUUGGAGCCGUUACCCCCCAGGCCCAGUGUCACUGCCAUUUGUUGGGACCAUGCCAUUCGUUAACUACAACAACCCGCAUCUCUCCUUUGAGAAGUUUCGCAAGAAGUUUGGAAACAUCUUCAGCCUCCAGAACUGCUGGACCAACGUGGUAGUGCUGAAUGGGUACAAAACUGUGAAGGAAGCCCUGGUCAACAAAUCGGAGGACUUUGCUGACCGGCCAUACUUACCAAUAUAUGAACAUCUGGGCUACGGACAUAAGUCUGAAGGGGUUAUUAUAGCAAGAUAUGGACGUGCCUGGAAGGAGCUAAGGAAAUUCUCGCUCACUACCCUGAGGAACUUUGGGAUGGGAAAGAAGUCAUUGGAAGAGCGAGUGUCUGAGGAAGCAGGAUUUCUGUGCUCUGCAAUCAGUUCUGAAGGAGAUCGUCCUUUCAAUCCACGUAUUCUUGUAAAUAAUGCCAUCUGCAAUGUGAUCUGCAACAUCACCUAUGGAGAGCGUUUUGACUAUGGUGAUGAGACAUUCAAGAAGCUGUUAACUUUGUUUGAAAACUCUCUACAUGAAGAAGUUGGAUUCCUGCCUCAGCUUCUUAAUGUGGUGCCCAUUUUGUUGCGCAUCCCUGGACUGCCACAGAAGAUCUUUCGAUGCCAAAAGGAAUACAUAAAUUUCGUAGAAAAGCUCGUAUAUAUGCACAAGAAGACCUGGAACCCUGCUUACACCCGAGACUUCACCGAUGCAUUUUUAAAGGAAAUGGCAAAGGGUAAGGAGGCUGAAGAGAAUGGUUUCAAUAAAAGCAACCUUACUCUGGUGACCUCAGAUUUGCUUGUAGCUGGUUCUGAGACCACAUCCACCACCCUCCGAUGGGCGUUACUGUUCAUGCUUUUGUACCCAGAAAUACAGAGUAAAGUCCACAAAGAGAUUGAUAAAGUGAUUGGAAGAAACCGACCGCCCACCAUGGCAGACCAAGUGAACAUGCCCUACACCAAUGCCGUCAUCCAUGAAGUACAACGCUGUGGAGACAUUGUUCCUAUGGGGGUGCCCCACAUGACAUACCGGGACACUGAGCUUCAAGGUUUCUUCAUUCCCAAGGGGACGACAAUCAUCACCAACUUGACUUCAGUGCUGAAGGAUGAGACAGUCUGGAAGAAGCCAAAGGAAUUUUACCCUGAACAUUUCCUGAAUGAGAAUGGGCAAUUUGUGAGACCAGAGGCCUUCCUGCCCUUCUCUGCAGGUCGACGUGCUUGCCUGGGGGAACAGCUGGCCAAGAUGGAGCUCUUCAUCUUCUUCACCACUCUCAUGCAGAAGUUCACCUUUGUGAUCCCUGAAGGUCAGCCCAGGCCACGGGAGGACAGUUACUUUGCUUUUACAAACAGCCCACACCCAUAUCAGUUGCGAGCUGUCCCAAGAUAAGUGUGCACUGCUUCACUCAGAAACCACCACAAACACUGUCAGAAAUGUUGCAGGGCUAUGCAGACCAUGCCAGGUUCUAGGCAUCCUAAGUCCAUCCAGAUGUCCCCAGCUGUUUAAAGUAAGAAUGUGGCCCAGCAUCCUUAACGUAGCUUAAUUUCAAUGUUACUCCUCAAUUCCUGUGUAUUGAAACACAAGGGUAUCCAGGGUAUGAGAUAAUGUGCUGAUUCUAAGAGCAAAAAACCUUGGAAAAAAUGGUAAAGUGCUGCUGGGCACCUCCCUUCCUUGCUGGCUGCUCUCUGCCUCUGGUGCUCCUCCUCUGCCUGCCCUCCAGGUGCCCAGGAGGGCUCUGGCUUGACUCCUGCAUAAACAAGGCUCACAGUGUCAAGUGAUCUGGCACGUGCUGGUGGUGGGCAGGGUGAAAGCUUAAGCACAUACAAAGUCACAUUUCCCAGCACGACUACACAUAUCUUCAGAUCAGUGCCCCUGAUCGUGCAAUAAACGCAGACUCCAUACAUUACUUCAUGUCUACUGCGUACUGCCAUUUAUUGCAUACAUCAGGCAUUACCUUCAUUUACAACCCUAAAGAAAGCACAAUGCCGGCCAACUAGGACUCCAGCAGGAGGAGCUACCAACAAGCACCUAAAUAAUCAAUACAACUUUUCAGCUCCAGAAGCAGGUAGUUUCUGAAAUGCAUACAUUCCUACAAAUGUAUUUGAAGAGGAAUUCCGAUGCUUCCAUUACUAUCUCUAUCCACCUAGCUCUCCAAAACUGGUUUUUACCCAAGGUCAGGAAAGGUUUGAAACUCAUACGGCUACACCACUUGAAUGAGCGAGCUGCAGGUGUCACAGGUGGCUUUCUUUUUCUUCCUGCAACAUUGCUGACCAGUUGCUUUGCAAGGUGUUAAUGUUGUUGCUCAUGCUGGUAGGAAAUACAGCACAAAUGCAUAACCGCAACAAGAAAGCCUCUGACACAGUGCACACAUGCACACGUUUCUCUUUCUCAUACUAAUUUUGGGACCUUUGAAAGCUCCUGCAUUAUGUAUAUGACUACCCUUACUACUGUUAAGGUUUCAGCUUCAGCGGAACCGCACACUGAUGGUUUUCAUCUGCUACUAACCUGACAAAAUAAAAGUGAUGUGGAAGGGC